UAAAGCCUCUAAGACCCCACGGAUGGAUGAUACCGGGUGAACAAGUGUCGCUGCUCCGUCGCUUUUUUUUCUUCGAAAAGUUUCGUUUGGCUCAGUGCUGUUAACUAGUGAUCACGAAAUUCGAAUAUAAAAGCGAAUAUAUGAUACUUCGAUGCGGCUAGUUAGCUCUCUGUGCCAGUCAGUGAAGACCGCCGCGAGUCGGUCGCGUGGACACGAAACACGCGCGUGUGAGUCGAAGCCAUGAGCCUGUCAAUUAUGGUACUUCUGUUGGUGGCAGUCACGUUAGGUGAAGGUUUCACCGGUGUACCACGAACGUACAAUCUGCAGACGGAAGAGGAACGGUACGGCAAGUAUGAGCGGGUGCUACUUGGGCUUAAGUCAUCCGAGGGGCUUAACGUGGACAGUAAAGUUCUGGACAAGGUUCGGGAAGUCCUGUUUGAAGAGGAAGCUGCACAUCCUACAUCGAAAGGAGAGAAGCUCGUAGCAGUUCAUCUGGAUCGUCCGAAGCAGUCCCAGGAAGUGGCACAGUUUCAAUACAGAAACCGAAUUAAAUUUGGAUAAGUUUUCUCGUUUAGGAAAUAAAUAAUAUUAAAUGUAUGCAC